GUUCUUUUAUAAAUGUGUGUGAAAGUUGGUCAUUUAUUUAUACAUUCGUUCGUCUGUAGUGGCUAGUAGUAAAUCAUUAGGUUGUUGCCUAUCAAAUGAGGUUAUCUCGUAAAAAGUUUGUAAUCUUGUAGUAAUACAAAAUAAAUUGUCUUUACAAUGGAUAUUCCAGCGACGCAAAUAUUCGACGAUGAUGAUUUUACACCGACGCAAAAACUUCUCCAUUCUACACCGCAAGAAGGAAUUCAAGUAAACAAAUUAUAUAUUUCUUUUUUAUUAACAAACAAAUAUCCAAUUAAGAAAGGAGUUACUAAAGUUGGUAGACAUCCAGAUUGCAAUAUUGUAUUGAUUGAUCAGACGGUAUCUAAGAUACAUGCAGAGAUCGAGGCCAACAGCCGCGAGGCAUCAGCGUGGAUUUGUGACCUGAAUUCUUCUAACAAGACAAAGUUAAACAAUUCAUUUUUAAGACCAAGACGAUGUUACGAGCUCAAAGAUGGAAACGUGCUGCAGUUUGGUGUGGUGCAAGCCACUUACAAAGUUUGUCGUUCCAUGGACGAUUCCUUAAUCCCGGAAACUCCAUCGGCAAAUCGUCAAAAACAACAGCAAUUAAUCAUUCCAGGAACACCUGACUCGUCGUUGAACAAUUCAUCCACUUUGGGGGAAAAUGUGUCCAUGAUCCCUGGCACUCAAGCUGACAAAAAAGAUUCCGUGUUCCAAUACCCGACUUUGCCUGCAAAGAUGUCCACGAAAAGCACCUUGAGAAGUUCUAUUCAAGAUUCCUCCACCGACGACAGCACGGACAAUUCUCGAAGUUUUAAUGCAAGUAGGAAGAACAGUGUAGGUGAACAAAAACUUAGUAUUCACGAUAUGGAAACGCAGAAGUCGUUCGAGUCCUACAACGAAACGAACGAUGACAUUCAUGACAUUGACACGCAAAAAAUUUGCCUGAGCAGAAAGAUUAAAACUGCUACAAAUUCCAUUCAUGAGCAGAAAGUCAGUAUUCAUGAUAUGGAAACGCAACAUGAAAUAGACAUCGACGAUAUUAAAACACCGAAAAAGAUUACUGUUCAAGGGAUCAGACCUCGAGCUGAUAGUGACGAAGAUAUUGAAAAAUCUGGAAUAUCAGGAAUUAAACAAGAGAAAAAGUCAACAGAAAAAGAGAAUAAUGAUGUGAAAGGUAACGAAAGCACAUCUUGUUCUAAUGACGUUGAUAAGCGUGGAGAUGCAGCUGAAUGCGUGGGAAACAUUCAGAAAGGAUCGCAGGAGUGGUUGCAAUUAUCACUUACAACAAAUUUUGAAGAUGAAACUUCGGAAUUCGAUAAGAGUCGAAACCUGCUUGGUUCACAAAAUUUAUUAGAAGAUUUUAUCGACGAUGCCCAGCCAUUAGAUGAAAUGAGAUCAAAAUCAUCGAUGGUUGCUAAUGCUUUACGUACAGAUGACGUCAACGAAGAGAAUGGAAACAGUAGUACCGAAGAUGAGAAUAUAUUUGAAGCAGCCACACAGAUCGUUAAGAUCAAUGAAAGUCCUUUGAAAGGCGUAACCCAACGCGUUAAUUACUCGUUCAAAACUUCUUUUGUAGCGAAUGAUUCAGACGAGACCGACGAGGAAGGUGUGUUUCAAAGCUAUUCGCGGAAAGAAUCGCAAAAUCAAGUGUCUGAUAGUGAAGGUUCGAAUACCGAUGAGGAAGGACGUUUCACGGAAAUAGCUUUGAAACAGAAACGAGCAUCCUGUUCAUUUGAAUUACGUCAUAACAAAAGCAAAGAAUUUAAAAAUGACUGUAACUCAACUACAGAGUCUGAUGAUCCGUUUGAUGCUCUCACUCAACCAGUAAACAUAAAGAACGAAAAUCCAUCUACCGAACAGAAUAAAGAAGAUAUAAUUAACGACGAUUCAGAUAUGGAAACAAAUGAAGAUAGAGAAACAGAGGAAAGUAUUGACGUGGCACCGACGCAAGUUCUUCCCAGUGCCAAGCCUUCCAUAAUGGAAAGUAGGCCUCCUAUUAAUGUGACAAAAAACAAAACAGGUUCUGACGAGGAAGAUAUUACUGAAAUGGAAGACAAUACACCUACUCAAAUAAUUAGCCCUCAGGAGAAAGCUUUAGAUACUGGUAAGGAUGAAUCACCUAUUCCUUUACAUCCAUUGAAUCCAAAUCCUGUAAUAGAAUGCAGCGUUGAAGACGUCGACUAUGAAACGGCGCCUACUCAAUUAAUUUGUGAAAAUGACGUACGAAAAUCUCUAUCAACUCGUGGCACCAGCAAGUCAAGGAAAUCCAAACUGUCGAAUAAAGUAAGUUUAAACGACACGUUGGAGAAAAAUAUGAAUGCAAUAUUUCAGGAUGUGAGUGAAGAAUCUAUUGAGGAGCAACCGCAGAUGUCGACACAGGUUCUUGAAAACAUGCUACAGUCAUCGCAAUCAGAGGACAAAUUGUCUACUAGAAGUGAUAAGUCUAAUGUAGAUAACAAGUCACCUUCAAACAAGGAGGCAGAAAAAUCCAAAGAAGCGAAAUUAAGAAAUGUAUCAUUAAUCGACUCAGCUUCGAGUUCAAUACCCAGAAAAAAAUCCCACAGAUUCAUUUUAGAUACUGAUAUCGGUUCACAAAAUACAGAGAAUUAUUUCUCUACUCUUACUUCACCUCGAAAGCGUAACGUUUUGACGGAUUCUCAAGCCUCUGUCGACCUUGUAGAACACACAUCCAACAAAGAAAAGGAAAAAGAAGAAACAUCAGAAUCUGUUAGCAUCGUGAAUGAAAAAAACAGCAACAUAUCCAAAACUCCAUCUAGAUCUGUAUCUGAAAAUCUAUCAACACCAAGAUCCGCACCGAGAGAGCUAUCAACGCCAAAAUCUUCGUUUAAAAAAAUGUCAACACCAAAAUCUUCGUCUAAAGAAAUGUCAACACCAAAAUCUUCGUCUAAAAAAAUGUCAACACCAAAAUCGUUAAGGAAAAAUAAAAAUGAAGAAUCGAAUAUACCUAAAGUACUUAUAGAAAAAUUAAAUGCAUCUAUGAGUAAUAAGGAUGAAUUAGAUGAAUGUUCAAAGAAGAUGGACAACCAAGCAACUGAUAGUGAGCAUCAUCUACAGCUUUCUAAAAUAUUAGAUGAUGACGAUGAUCUUUUAGCCGGUUUACCAGAAGUUAGAAUUUCAGGUACCCUGUCAAAUCCACCAAGUCCAGAUUUAUCAUCAUCAGAGUAUAGAAUAAACAUCAAUAACAAUCGAUCGACACAAGUGUCUAUAAAGAUUGCACCCAAAAAUAGAAGAGUUCUGCAAAAAUUAUCGCGGAGGACACUUUCUAAUCGAAACGCAAAUGAUGAACCUUAUGAUAUUGUCAGCAAAUCAGAUUCUUCGACAAUUUGUGGAAGUUCUUCCAAUUCGUUCUCAAACAAUUUGGACGUCAACAAAGUAACUGUGCGCAAGAACAAAGAUGAGCAAGUGAAUAAAAAGUCUACGAGAUUGUCAAAAGUAACGAUGCCGGAAGCUUCACGUAGAUCCGCAGAGAAAGAUUUCCUUCCGCAAUCGAAACCGGUAGUUUCUAUUGUCUCGCAAGAAAAAAAGAAACAGAGUCAAUCCACUCAAAACAAUAAAAGAACUCAUAAUUCUAGAAAGAGUGAGAAUGUUGAUCAUUCAUCUAUUUUUCAGGUGGGCAAAGAAGCGCCGGUUGAAAAAGCAACUGCUGAAUCUACGAAAAUAAAGGUUUCAAACGUGUCACGUAUUGGAAAACGAUCACUCAGCAUGAUGGAUACGGUUGAAAGUAACAUUCUGAAAAAACGUAAGGAAGACCUUGAGGCAGAUGCGCCUCUAACUACUAGAAGUAAAAAGAAAAAUGCCAUUACCAUCAGAAGACAAUCUGCAAAUAUCCUUGAUUUCGUCACAAAAAGAAGUUCGCCAUUCGAUAUGAAUAGUUCAAGUAACAGAUCAACACCCGAUGAGUUAAGUUUAGGUAAGCAGAUAAUGGUAAAACUUGUCAGAAUGUCUUCGUAUGCUCUAACAGGAUCAACACCUCCAUCUACUUCAACAGAGUGGAUGAUUGAAAAUAAUAGCAAUAAUAAAACCAAGCAAAGUCGACAUAUGAAUGCCGCGAAUGGUAAAACAGUUUCAAAUACUUCAAUUAAAGAAAAUGAUAAAACUGUAAGAAAACAAGGAAGUACGGAUAAAAGAAUAACGAGGAAAAUUGAUCUUCAAGUGGAAGAUAUCAGUUCUCAGAUUGGAGAGGAAUCACAGGAAGUAGAAAUGAUUAUAAACGGUACGCUCAGAGGACAAAGUACCAAUUUAAAUGUAGAAAUGAAAAAAGAUGUGAAGGAAAAUUCGAAAGGUUCCACAAGGAAAAGUACAAGGAAACGUGGAAACACGACUGUUUCUACGAAUAUUGAUACCACGGAUAGCAGUACCACCUCUACUAUCUACGAAUCUGAUGAUAUGCGUUUUGAGAUGCCCACUUUAAAAAUUAAACGUGCAAAGAUUUCCAAAAAUAUUUCAAAAACAGUUAGUUCUACGACAAAUGAAUCUACCGAGGAACCAAAAAAAAAUACCAGAUCAACUAGAUCAACACGAGGUCACCCACAAUCAAUUACGGAUUCUUCCGUGAAAGAAAGUAGUGCUGAUCAAACUACUUUGAAUAAUAAUACCAGUAAAAUGAAUAAUUCUAAAGGUAAACGACAAAAGCAAAACAAAGGAAAGACUAGAACUACCAAAAAGCAAAAGGAAGAUAUAAUCGAAGAGACCAUUUUUUCAGAGAUAAAUUCCAGCAUCGAAUCUGCAUCGAUACUUUCUACGCCUAACAGAUCACGUAGGAAUAUGUCUUCUUCAUUUACAACAUCAUCGCCAUUAAGAAUAAAACAUAAAAUCUUAUUCACGGGUAUUUCAAACAACGACUAUAACAAAUUAUUAACAAAAUUAGGUGCGUCUCAAGUCGAAGAACCAACAAGAUGUAGUGUACUGGUUACAGAUAAAGUGCGAAGAACUGUUAAAUUUUUAUGUGCUUUAGCACUGUCUGUACCAAUAGUUUCAAUCGAUUGGUUGGUUGACAGUGAAAAGGCUGGCCAUUUUGUAGAGUUAGAGAAUUACAUAUUAAAAGAUUCUGCGGCUGAAGCUAAAUUUGGCUUUAAACUGCGGGAUAGCUUAGAAAAAGCGAAAGAUCAUAAAUUUCUAGAAGGUUACACAAUUGUUUUAACUCCUAAUGUGGCACCGCCGCCUGUACCAGAAUUGAAAAGUAUUAUUACUUCCUGUAAUGGUAAAGUAUUGGUUCGACCACCAACGUCGUGGCCUCAAAAGGCAGUUAUUGUCUCCCGAAAAGAAGACUUAAUAAAUGCAAAGAAAUUUCUUAAAAAAGCACCUAAAUCUGUUACCAUUCAGUCGACGGAAUUCAUAUUAACUGGCAUUUUAAGACAGAAGUUAGAUUUUACAGAGUUCAAGUUAACGUGA